AUGCAUUUCCCAUUUGUUAAUUCAACAAAAAUCAUCAAAGAAAGUCCCGAAAUGGGUUGUAUCCAGUCACGAAAAGAGAAGAGCACCGAGACUCCCCCUUUCUACAUUGAGCAAGAGAAGAUCGACCCAAACGAAGCCGGGUACUUGGCGGAUGAUGAUAUGAGCAAAUGGUCAGUUCUUCGAUUGGAAAACGAGAAAAUAGAACGAGAUGCGAAUUCGAAAAGGCGGAAAAGAAGACAGCUACAGGCUGCCAAAGAUCUUCAAAUUCAACUCGAGCAACAACUUGAUGAUUUUUCUUUUCAAACGGAAUAUUAA